GUCUCCUUCCUCUCUGUUGAAGUGGUUCGGGCUUGUUUUUAAAGACUGUGCGGCCUUUUUUGUUGUCAGACUUGGCAACCUAACGUGACGGUUAAGAUGGCCGCGGUUGGCGGUGAGCUUCUGAUUAGUCGAACAAGAUGACGACCAGGAGCAGUAUGACAGCCCGGUUUCUAAAAUGUAUAGCUGAGUAUCCGCCAACCGAAGAGCUUCGCGGCCCAUGAGUGCGAGCACAGGAGGGAGAUACUGUAUUCUUAGACACGGCAAACAGAAACGCAGGCGUCCAGGACUGGUCACCCAAUGGAGGAUAUAAAUUCCAACAUUAACGCCGACUUAGAGGUGCGGAAACUACAGGAUCUGGUGAAGAAAUUGGAAAGGCAGAAUAAACAGCUGCGCAGUAGAUCCAUUAUUGUUGGCUCUUCCGGGGGCGCGGGAGUACGGACGACCGGCUCCUCAAAUGAACCACCGGGACUCUGUGCUUUGACUAGGGGCUUUGACACGUUAGAGACAGCUCCUCGUAGUCUGAGUCCGAGCACGUCCCUGACAGAGGACGAGGAGCCGGCCAGCGUGCUUGAUGAGGUGGAGCCGCUAGACCUGGACAUGGACGAUCCGCUGCAGGAGGAGGACAGCUGGUUAUAUGAGUCGCCAAAGAAGAACUGUAACCCUUUAAAAACGGAUAUAAGCCCUAUAGCCUGGUGUAGACAUGUGCUGGAUCAUCCAAGUCCUGAUAUUGAAUCAGCAAAAAGAUCUUUAAUCCAUCGUCUGGAACAGAUAAUGUCAGCAAGCAAGAGAAGAAGUCUUUAUGGCGGUACUUUCAACACAUCUCUAUAUAAUAGUCCAUAUAGUCCCAGUUCUGGAAACAGUCCUUACUGCAGUAAUGUCAGCUCUCCUUCCUCCACUCCAGUGAGACUUCCCAUAGUAAAGCAGCUUGUCCUACCUGGUAAUUCAGAGAUUUCAGAGGAACUCUACAGUAUUGCUGGAAUUAAUCUUGUGUGUAGCCCUCUUCCACAAAUUCAACAUGUAUCACCACAGAAAAACAGCCAGAAUGAAAUUCAUUCUUAUGCAGUUUCUUAUAGAGGUUCAAUGGAAAGAAAUCCACCCAUAAGUCCCCAGUCCUCCGUUGAUAGUGAGCUGAGUACUUCAGAGAUGGAUGAAGAUUCUAUUGGAUCAGGGUAUAAGCUAAAUGAUGUUACUGAUGUACAGAUUAUGGCACGAAUGCAAGAAGAAAGCCUCAGACAAGAAUAUGCUGCAACAGCAUCACGUCGUAGUUCAGGAUCAUCUUGCCACUCCCUUCGGCGUGGCACAUUUAGUGACCAGGAGCUAGAUGCUCACAGCCUGGAGGAUGAUGAAGAGGGAAUGCACUCUGCUUUUCAUCCACCUCUUAACCGCUUUUCUCCUUCUCCACGACAUUCUCCUCGCCCAUCUCCCCGCCAUUCGCCACGCAAUUCUCCUCGGUCCCGCUCUCCUGCACGCUCCCUAGAAUACAAUCGAGCAUCACCACAGCCAGUUUUUAGUCGACUACAACAGCCACGUCUCUCCUUGCAAGGGCAUGGUCCUGAUCUUCAGACCAAUGCUGUCAGAAAUGAAGAACAGCUAAGACGUAGUCUUCCAAAUCUUUCCAAAGCAUCUGGUCUUCAGGCAGGGGAGCCUGUCAAAAACAGCAGAAGUUAUGAAUCUAAUCUUCAAGUGCCAAAUGGAGGAGUAUCUCGACUUCAGCAGCAAUCCUCAGCCACUCAGGAAAUGCAAACAAAAAUGCCUUGUUCUUCCCCGAAAGCAAAACAGUUUCUUCAAAAUCCUGCUGUCAGGAGAGUACCUUCUCCUAGCAAACUGAGACCGCCAGCAGCACCAUCUCCCUUGGCACUUAAGCAGCCUAUCAAGGCAUUGUUAAAUCCUGGGAAUACCUCAGCUGGUGUAAAUGUACAGCAGACAAGCCCUCCAGUACCAGCAGGAGGAAAUACAACUCCAGUUAGAUCUGUUGGUGUUCGGAGUGGACUUCCAAGGCCCAGCACCACGCCUGGUGGAGGAGGAAUACCAGUGCCUCGCAGUAAACUUGCACAGUCUGUCCGUAGGUCUUUGCCAGUUCCCAGGACUUAUGGUGGGAUGAAAGAUGAUAGCUGGAAGGAGGGUUGCUACUAAACAGAAUGUUCAUAAGAUACCCGCACAGACUGGACUUUGUAGCAGAAUUAUCAGUUUUGACUUGCAGGAUUCAGAGGAUCUUAGGAUUGACUGAUCACCUGGUGAAAUGAAUCCUUAAUCUCUGAAGCUUUAUCAGCACAAAUUGCCAGAGAUUAUUUAGCAGCACUUUACCAACAUUUUUACUUUUUUGUAUGUAUACAAUCAUUUUCCAUAGAGAUCUCUUCAUUGCACUCCUGUGAAAUUCUUGACAACCCUGGCCGAGCUUUGGGCGCAGACUUUCAUGAAUGCCAAAGAAAAAUGCUGUUCUUUAGUACUAGUAAAUAAAAUUUGGCCUGAAACUGUUUUUUCGUCCUGCUUUAUACCUUAAAUCUUAAUCAAAAACUAAAUGCUAAGUUUGAAAUGAGAUUGUGUUGACUGAAUUAGAAUGAUGAUAACGGUCUGUUUCUCCAUUGCAUGCAAUUAAGGUGUAUUGGCUUUAUGCAAAGCCAAGUAAGAAUUUUGGGAACAUUUUUUUGGUCUGGAGAAUUUCAAAAGAAAAAUUGGCCCAAAAACCAAACAAGAUUGCAAUUGCCUAAUUUGUUUUAAUAUAUGCUUCAAGUUUUAUUUAUAAAAUAACACUUGAAAUUACUAUGGGCCAUUUGUUGAGCAUUCAAGGUGCAUCCAAAUGAAAUCUGCACUGUAUGUUUCAGCUCAGGAACAAGAUCUGGAGAAACACUUAACUUUGACAGAUUUUGACAAAUGGGCUACGAGGGGGGUGGUUUUAGUGUAGGUGGUUUUGUCUGUACCGUUUUUAAUGGAUACUAUUUUUGUGGUUAAUAAGACGUGCCCCAAAUAGCUAUUCCUCAUCCAAGUUGAACGCUCCUUGAAUUUUUUUGCACCCUGGAACUACAUUUUGAAGUUCUGUUCAAGCUAUGCACUUGUUUCAUACAAAUUACUUAUCACAGCAUCUCAGUUUUGAGGAUGUUUUCUGAAUAUAUCAUCAUCAGUCAUAAGUACUUUAUGGUUAUUUACAUCUUUUCAUUGAGGAAUAGUUGCCUUGGGUUACCACUUGAUAAUUAGUUGCAAAUCAAGUGAAAGCCUAAUUGUAAAGUACUCCAUUUCUUAUUUAUUAAGUGCCUGGAUUGAUUGAAUCAACCAAACAUGUUGAAUUUGGUAAUGGUGGUGGUCAGUGUUGGUGUGAUUAUUAUUAUUAUUAUUAUUAUUUUAAUAAAGCAGUC